CAACGCCCUUAUUCCACCUCAGACUCUGACGCGACGAAAGCGCGAGCCUCGAAACUCGCUGAGUCGACUCUCGUUAAGCCGUCGAAGCUCGCCGGCGUCGUGAGUCUAGCUCGUUUCUGAACUCUUCCGGCCCGGAAUUCAGAUCUGAGUGGAUCUAGCUACCUGUCUCAAAGGUAUCUGAAGAAAUUAUUGAACCCUUUGUCAUUGUGAUUCUAUUGGAAAAGCACGGGACACCACAAUGAAGGCACUGAUUCUCGUUGGGGGGUUUGGGACACGGUUGAGGCCAUUGACACUCAGUGUCCCUAAGCCGCUUGUUGAUUUUGCUAACAAACCCAUGAUCCUGCAUCAGAUAGAGGCUCUAAAAGCUGUUGGAGUGAGUGAAGUGGUUUUGGCCAUCAAUUAUCAACCAGAGGUGAUGCUGAACUUCCUGAAGGAAUUCGAGGCAAAGCUUGGUAUCACGAUCACAUGCUCCCAAGAGACUGAGCCACUAGGCACUGCUGGUCCUCUGGCUCUGGCUAGGGACAAACUGAUAGAUGAUUCUGGUGAGCCAUUUUUUGUGCUUAACAGUGAUGUUAUAAGUGAGUAUCCAUUCAAAGAAAUGAUUGAAUUCCAUAAAGCCCAUGGAGGAGAGGCUUCCAUUAUGGUAACCAAGGUGGAUGAACCUUCGAAGUAUGGUGUGGUGGUUAUGGAAGAAUCAAUUGGGAGAGUUGAUAGAUUUGUAGAAAAGCCAAAGCUAUUUGUCGGUAACAAGAUCAAUGCUGGAAUUUACUUGUUGAAUCCUUCUGUACUAGAUCGAAUUGAGCUGAGGCCCACCUCAAUUGAGAAAGAGGUAUUCCCAAAGAUUGCAGCAGAGAAGAAGCUAUAUGCAAUGGUCUUACCAGGGUUCUGGAUGGACAUUGGACAGCCAAGGGACUACAUCACAGGCCUGAGACUCUACCUAGACUCCUUGAGAAAGAAGUCUUCUUCUAAAUUGGCUUCUGGGGCCCACAUCGUUGGAAAUGUUCUGGUGGAUGAGAGCGCCAAAAUUGGAGAAGGAUGUCUGAUUGGUCCUGAUGUUGCCAUUGGCCCAGGUUGCGUGGUUGAGGCUGGAGUCAGGCUCUCUCGCUGCACAGUGAUGCGUGGAGUACGCAUCAAGAAGCAUGCAUGCAUUUCCAGUAGCAUCAUCGGGUGGCACUCCACUGUUGGCCAGUGGGCUCGUGUGGAGAACAUGACCAUACUUGGAGAAGAUGUUCAUGUGUGCGAUGAAAUCUACAGCAAUGGAGGCGUCGUUCUGCCUCACAAAGAGAUCAAAUCUAGCAUCUUGAAGCCAGAGAUAGUCAUGUGAAUCAACAGUGUUCUGUCUCACACUGCUUAGACGGUAGUUAAGUUAUUUAAGUUCUUUUUUGAGUUUGGAAUGUCUUUGCUCCUUCACCUAUGCAAGUGUAAAAGUUUGCUUUCUGCCAGUCCAAUCCGAAUGUUGUGAGCUUAUCAAGGGUCAGUGUCCUGUUAUGGAAGGUCAUAAGUCAUAAUUAAUGGCGUGAAUUGUGUAAUAAUCCUAGUGUAUAUAGAAAUAAAAACCAUCAGCUUGUCUCUUUUAUCA